AGCAAAUGUUGCGAGGCUCAAUUGACAUGGUCAUAUCAUCCAUCGCGUCCGUUGCGCAGCCGACAACAUGGCGCCAGAACAAAAGAGAAACCACUUCCUCGACGCUAACGAGAGUGACGACGACCAAAGCCAGGGCUACAACUCCGAGGCCGACGAGAUCUCCAAGGGCCGCCGCUCAGCAAAACGGAGGAAACUCGAUUCCGACAACGAGGAUGACGGAGACCUCAGCGGCGACGACGACGACGACGGAAGCGGCGACCAGCAUGUGGAAUCACCAGGAGCCCAACUGCACUCCGAGGCGCUCGAGUCCGCGUUAGGCGACAGCGGGCCCCACACGGCAGAGGGGGAAGGCGAGGACGAGGAUGAUGGUGACGAGGAGGCCCGGCCGGUCAAGAAGAACCCCAAGAGCCGGCCGCAGCUGCGGCAGGCCAACGCGAACCCGACCAAGAAGAACCUGGUGGUGACGGAGGCGCAGGUCAAGCGGUCGGGCGUCGUGUACCUGCCGCGCAUCCCGCCCUUCAUGAAGCCAGCCAAGCUGCGGUCGCUGCUGGAGCCCUACGGUCGCAUGAACCGCAUCUUCCUGUCGCCCGAGGACCCGGCGGCGCGGUCGCGCCGCGUGCGCGCGGGCGGCAACAAGAAGCGCAGCUUCACCGACGGCUGGGUCGAGUUCGUGCACAAGGCCGACGCCAAGGCCGUGGCCGCGACGCUCAACGGCCAGACCAUCGGCGGCAAGAAGGGCUCAUACUACCGCGACGACGUCUGGACCAUGCUGUAUCUCAAGGGCUUCAAGUGGCACAACCUGACGGAGCAGAUCGCGUCCGAGAACGCCGAGCGCGCGAGCCGCAUGCGCGCCGAGAUCUCAAAGUCCACCAGGGAGAAUAGGGACUUUGUGCGCAACGCCGAGAGGGCCAAGGUGCUUGACGGCAUGCAGGUCAAGAAGGCCGCCAAGCAGCAGCAGAAGCCGCAGGAUGGCGGCAGAGACGCGUCCGGGGCGGCCGCCGCGCCCGACGCCGCGAAGAGCGCGGAGCCGGCAAGGACCUUCAGACAGGUGCCGGUCGCGGAGAAGAAGAAUCUCGUCGACUCGGCCCAGAGGACGCUGGGCAAGUUCUUUUAAGUGUCAAAAUGUAUACCCUGUACGAGCGAUUCGCCUUGUUACUGCCACUUGUACGAAGCUGUAGACAAAACAUCAUCUUCGUGUGUCUCUACCUUCAAAGUUGUGAAAAUUUAUGGUGCCUGUCUUGUUCAUCGAAUCCUCGAUGCCCAAGACCCUGGGUUACCCAGCAAUUUCAAAAAGAAACA